AUGGAGAAGCGCAUGGCAUGGACCGCCAAGGUCCUGGUGGGAUAUACCGUCGAUGCCCAGACAAAGUCGGGAAAGACAUAUAGAGGAAUAUUGAGCUCGAUCAGCAGCGACAAGGGCGCACUGGUGGCCCACCUGAGCAUGACCACCCUGGUGCGGGAUGCCAAGGUGCAGGGCGAGCUCCCGGUGGUCCGCCCCACGCCCACCCUGGCCCUGCCAUGGCUGGACAUCGUGUCUAUCACUGCCAAGGGCGCGGCAUUGGGAGCGGAGGAUGUGAGCACGGCCUCCACACACAACGGCAUCGAGGGAUUGGGCACCGACGCCGACAUCUCACGUGGCCGCGGCGGGCGCGCAGACCGCGAGCUGCAGCGCUGGUUCGCACUGAACGAGGCCAAGUUUGGCGUGCGCACCGACUACGCCGAGGAGUUGUACACCACGGCCCUGGACCCGCGCGCCUCCACCAUCAGCGCGGCGGAGGCGGACCGCAUCGCGCGCGAGAUCGAGGGCGGCGGCGCGCAUGGCAAGGCCGGCGGCCUGGCGAGCCGCCACGUGCUGGAGGAGCGGGGCUUGGCCGUGCUGGACGACAGCGGGCUAGACGAGGAGGACCUGUACGGCGCCCGCAACGGUGCGGGGUCUGGCGGGUCCGCCCGCCCGGGCGCCUCCGCGGCCGUGCCGGUGCCCAAACCCGCGGCCUCCCGCUCCGCGCCCAUCGACAUUGAUGCGCGGCGAGAGACCAACAAGCUGCGCGCGCAGAUGAUGGAGGGCAAGAAGACGUCGCCCUACGGCACGCCCAAGAGCCUCAAGUCGCCGCUGGCCUCGCCCCUGAUCAACGAUGCGGCCAAGCUAGAGGCGCUCAACCUCAACCCUGGCACCACGGUGGUGGACGAGGAGGUCCGACGGGACUUCCAGCAGUUCAAGGCGGCCCAGAGCCAGCAAGUGAAGAGGCCGGACCUGCACGAGUUCAAGGCCUUCAGCCAGACCCUGGACAACCGGCUGAGUGGGCCAAUCACCCUGAAAUAUGUCAAGCGGGGCUACCAUGCCCUGUGCACCCACUUCCUCACCCUGGCCGCCGUCCCCCUGGCGGCAGUGGGUCUGCUGGAGCUGGCAAACAUGUACAAGCAGGGCGACCUGAACGACAUGUGGGUGGUGGCCAAGCAGACAAACCUCACCUUUGACUUGGUUUCCUUCAUCGCCGGCUGCUCGCUGCUCAUCUUUGCUGCCGCCGCCUACAUCUUCACCCGGAAACGCCCGGUGUACUUGCUGAAUUACCAUUGCUUCAAGCCCAAUGAUAGCCUCAAGGUGUCGUACAAGUACUUCAUGGAGCACUCCGAGCGCAUCGGCGCAUUCACGCCCGAGAGCCUGGAGUUCCAGCGCAAGGUCCUGGAGAGGUCGGGGCUGGGCGAGGAGACGUACCUGCCAGAGGCCGUGAUGAAGAACCCGCCGGAGCCCACCAUGGCGGCGGCGCGAGGGGAGGCCAACCAGGUCCUGUUUGAGUCGGUGGAGCGAGUCCUGGCCAAGACCGGCAUCAGCCCCAAGGCCGUGGACAUCCUGAUCGUCAACUGCUCCCUCUUCAACCCCACGCCCUCCCUGUCAGCCAUGAUUGUCAACCACUUUGGCAUGCGGAGCAACGUGAUCACCUACAACCUGUCCGGCAUGGGGUGCUCCGCGGGCGUCAUCUCGCUGUCCCUCGCGCGCGAGCUGCUGCAGGUGUACCCCCGCUCCACCGCGCUGGUGGUGUCCACGGAGAACAUCACCCAGAACUGGUACUUUGGCAACGCCAAGUCCAUGCUCAUCCCCAACUGCCUCUUCCGCCUGGGCGGCGCGGCCAUGCUGCUGAGCAACCGGCGCGUGGACCGCUGGCGUGCCAAGCUGGAGCUGCUGCAUGUGGUCCGCACCCACAUGGGCCAGGACGCCGCGCACUACGGCUGCGUGUACCAGCAGGAGGACGAGGCCGGGCAGCGCGGCGUGCACCUGUCGCGCGAGCUCAUGCGCAUCGCGGGCCACGCGCUCAAGGCCAACAUCACCACCCUCGGCCCGCUGGUGCUGCCGGUCUCCGAGCAGCUGCUCUUCUUCCUCAACCUGAUGGCGCGCAAGGUGCUGAAGCGCAAGGGCCUGAAGCCCUACAUCCCGGACUUCAAGCUGGCCUUCCAGCACUUUUGCAUCCACACCGGGGGGCGCGGCGUCAUCGACGCCAUCGAGCAGCAGCUGGAGCUGGGCACCAGGAACGCCGCGCCCUCGCGCGAGACGCUCCACCGCUAUGGCAACAUCAGCUCCGCCUCCAUCUGGUAUGUGCUGGCCAACAUUGAGACCAAGCAGGGCCUGCGCAAGGGCGACCGCAUCUGGCAGAUCGCGUUCGGGUCGGGUUUCAAGUGCAACUCCGCGGUCUGGCGCGCGCUGCGCACCUGCAACGAGCAGCACGGGGCGUGGGUGGAGGGCGGGCAGGCGGGCGGCAAGGCCGUGUGA